UAAGCCCACCUCUCCCUCUCCGCUCUCAAAGUACGAACCCCAUCCCCGUCGGCCCGUCUUUAACUUUCUCCUCCCCGCCGCCACCUCGCCGGCGAUGGACUCGCUCUCUGCUUUACGAGAUUAUACCGUUCGCGGCGAACUCGAUAGCAUCACUUGUGUCGGCGAUGAGUUCCGCUUUGCCGGCGACUACUCCUUUCCCUGUACUACCGAAACUGCUUUCAGAUCAAAACAGGGUAAUCUCUACACCCUCGAAACCCUACUCUUCUUCAUCCGCCACCAUCACUUAAAACACAGCGAAUACAUACAGUCAGCCCGUCUUCAUCGUAUACCAGCCGUAACCCUCCCCGACAGAAAACCUCUCCUCGAUUACCUCCAAGGAAGGAUCGCCUCCACCGAGUCCAUCGAACUCCUCCCCGUCGACGAGUACCGGCCCGAUGACCCCUCCUACGGAGCUGUUCCAUCAUCUAUUCCCUCAUUUGGCGCUGGAGGUGAAACCACUGUACCGGAGCCUCUCGAUUAUGUCUCCUUGCUCCGUGCCCGAGAACGCCCGCUAAAAGACAGGGAAUCGCUGCUUGAGUGCCGUAACCGCGAUUUUUACAGCGUGCUUGUGGCGUCAACUCGCCGGGAGGAGGAAAGACAUCGGAUCGAGUCGCAGCAGCGUAAGGAUGGGCUCGUCGCCAAAACCCGGCUUAUCGGGUCUGAUGACAGGGGAGAUGACGGUGUUGGGUACGAUUCGACGCCAAGGCCAAAGAUGCAUCUAAAGGGGAGUAAGAUUGGGGAGGGUGUGCCGAUUAUUUUGGUUCCCAGCGCGUUUCAGACACUGAUCACUAUUUAUAAUGUGAAGGAGUUUUUAGAAGACGGCGUGUUUGUGCCUUCGGAUGUGAAGGUGAAGGCGAUAAGGGGUGCGCCGAAGCCUGACUGCGUGACUGUGCAGAAGAAGCUGAGUAGGGAUAGGGUGGUUGCUGCUUAUGAGGUGAGGGACAAGCCAUCUUCUUUGAAGCCUGAAGAUUGGGACCGGGUGGUGGCGGUCUUUGUGCUAGGGAAGGAGUGGCAGUUCAAAGAUUGGCCGUUCAAGGAUCAUGUUGAAAUAUUCAAUAAAAUUAUCGGGUUUUAUGUGCGCUUUGAGGACGAUAGUGUGGAAUCAGCAAAGAUUGUUAAGCAAUGGAACGUAAAGAUUAUUUCUAUUAGCAAAAAUAAGAGACACCAGGAUAGGGCUGCAGCACUAGAGGUGUGGGAUCGGCUAGAGGAAUUCAUGCGGUCUCGCUCACACUCUUAGAUCAGUCAAGUUUCUGUGAUAGCUGUGGGUACUUACUGUUAUUUACUUAUAAAUUCUUAUAUUUUGAACUGCACCCGGAUGUACA